GAUACGAAUAUAUUAGAUCUGGAAAUCUGCCCUAAUCCCCCAUUCCUCCCGUCGCAUCGCCCCCGCCUCAACGUUCUCCAACCCGUCGGUAGCCGCCGUAGCUUCCCCGCCUCGUCACCGGUCUCCGGAAAUCCGUCGGCUCUUUCUUCUGACAAGAGAGUACUGGUUCAUCGUUCGCUUCGAAAAUGUCUCGAAAAGGAUUGAUGGAGCAGGACUUGAGUAAACUUGAUGUUACAAAGCUUCAUCCAUUGUCGCCAGAAGUUAUCUCGCGUCAAGCUACCAUUAACAUAGGUACCAUUGGUCAUGUGGCUCAUGGAAAGUCGACUGUGGUGAAAGCGAUAUCUGGUGUACAGACUGUUCGAUUCAAGAAUGAAUUGGAGCGUAAUAUUACUAUCAAGCUUGGAUAUGCCAAUGCAAAGAUUUAUAAAUGUGAAGAUGAGAGAUGCCCUCGACCAAUGUGCUACAAGGCUUACGGAAGUGGAAAAGAAGACAGUCCUCUGUGCGACGUUGCUGGAUUUGAGAACACAAGGAUGAAACUUCUAAGACAUGUUUCCUUUGUUGAUUGUCCAGGCCACGAUAUUCUUAUGGCUACCAUGCUUAAUGGUGCUGCAAUCAUGGAUGGAGCUUUGCUUCUUAUAGCUGGCAAUGAAAGUUGCCCACAGCCCCAAACAUCUGAGCAUCUUGCUGCUGUUGAAAUCAUGCGACUUCAACAUAUAAUUAUUCUACAAAAUAAGAUUGAUCUUAUUCAGGAAAGUGCUGCCAUCAAUCAACAUGAGGCAAUCCAGAAGUUCAUUCAGGGGACUAUAGCUGAUGGGGCUCCAGUUGUGCCAAUAUCUGCUCAAUUAAAAUAUAAUAUCGACGUUGUCUGCGAGUAUCUAGUUAAGAAAAUUCCCAUUCCUGAAAGGAAUUUUACUUCCCCUCCUAAUAUGAUUGUUAUUCGUUCAUUUGACGUGAAUAAGCCUGGCUCAGAGGUUGAUGAGAUAAAAGGUGGUGUUGCCGGUGGAAGCAUCCUAAGGGGUGUUUUGAAAGUGAACCAAUUUAUUGAAGUCCGGCCUGGUAUUGUUAUCAAAGAUGAGAGUGGGAAUAUAAAGUGCACCCCUAUCUACUCAAGGAUUGUUUCCCUGUAUGCUGAACAAAAUGAGCUACAAUUUGCUGUACCUGGUGGACUCAUUGGUGUGGGUACAACAAUGGACCCUACAUUGACUCGUGCUGAUAGAUUGGUUGGCCAGGUGCUUGGUGAAGUGGGUUCACUGCCUGAUGUUUUUGUAGAGCUUGAGGUGAACUUCUUUCUUCUCCGUAGGCUGUUGGGUGUCCGGACAAAAGGAACUGAGAGACAAGGGAAAGUCUCCAAGCUGGCCAAGAGUGAGAUCCUGAUGCUCAACAUAGGUUCCAUGUCGACUGGGGCUCGGGUUGUUGCAGUGAAGAAUGAUUUGGCUAAGCUGCAACUCACUGCUCCUGUGUGCACCAGCAAAGGCGAAAAGGUUGCGCUUAGUCGGCGAGUUGAGAAGCAUUGGCGUCUGAUUGGUUGGGGGCAGAUUCAGGCUGGCUCGACCCUUGAAGUCCCUCCCUGCCCUAUCUAAUGCCUCUCAGUCUUUUGCUAUUCUAAUCGAAGGAAGUGAAGGAAAAAAAAACCGAAAAAAGAGAGUAAAAGACAGAAUGAGAUAGUACAAGUUGUGGGCUGGCAGGAAAAUAAUGUCACUAUGCAAGUUUCAUCGUUUUUCAUGCUGGAAUUUUUUCUUGAUUUACGUCGCGAAACAUAUUUAUCAGCCAUCCAGCUCCAUUUUGUGCUUUGAGUGUGCAUUAGACACUGCAAAUUGGCUCAUUACAACAUUGUUUUGCAUUUCUAGAAA